AUGAACUCCAAAGAAAAGGCCCUGGCUGACCCUGAAAGUGGAGAAUCACUGAACUAUCAGGAUCAACAUCUGACAACUACGCCUCAAUUGCCCGCCAAUUCCAAUCAAUCCUCGUCUGUUGAUCCCAACGGAUUUCAAGAGAGUACAACAAGCGAAGCAGGUAUCACAUCGGAAAUAUCUUCCCAAACCCGUCCAUCAGUGACUGUCGAGACCCCAAAUAUAGAUAAUCAUGGCACUUCAAAUGCAGCGCAAGAAGAAUCGAACACGGCAAUAACGAACGAACAAAGUUCAGACCCCAAUACAUCAUCCUUGUUCCCACCCCCUUCAUCUCAGCAGUAUGCCACGCCACUGAAAACGCUCCCGUCUUUGAAAGAUAUUGAGCCAAUCACUACGCCAAAGAGCUUCAGCGUCGCUAGGGAUGCUCCAGCAGCCCAAGAUAGUUCCCCUGUUGUCCAUGAAAAUGCUAUUCUUGAUAAUUUGGCUGAAGCCAAUGAAGAUACAUUCGAUGGGGCUGCCGAUGACACUUUUGCAGAGUCAUCUCAAAAAAGACAAGGAACCGCAGAUUCCAAGGAUGCUGCUGAUGUGGACAUGGCGGCUUCAUUCCUCGAGGUAGAACCGGAAGUUCUUAUAUCACUUGGUUCUGACUUUGUUUCAAAGUCUGCUCAGCGUGCUCGCCAGUAUCAAGGCGCUUUGUCAGAACUAUCCUUCUUUAAACUCAAUCAGGAACUGAUGAGCCAAGUUCACCAAAAGAAGCUUGAGGUCCUACAAAAGAAAAUCGAGAAGUUGCAUGCUUCACAAGCAUCGCUCUCUGCAGAAAAUGAGUCGCUUGCCGCUGAAACCCUGAAGAAAGAGGCUGAUUUAUCGAGUUUGCGCAAAGAAAAUGCAGUUUUAGCCGAUAAAUUAUAUAAAUUGGAGGCUACUGUGAACGAUAAUAACACCCGUCAUGCUAGUGUCCUUGCAAACAAAGAUCAGGAAAUCUUUCAUCUCAAUGACACAAUCACUAAGAUUUCCAAGUCCAACGUUGAUCUGGGGCAAAGACUCAGUGAGUUGACGAAAGAGCUCAAUGAAGUUUCAAACGAAAAAUUCAAGUUGAAACUUGAUUUGAGUAAAUUCACCAAUGAACUUGCGUAUACGAAGAACCAGAAAGAGUGGUACGAACAAGAAUUGAAGGCUGUGCAAGAUAGACUUACAGAGCUCAUUAAGAAGCAUGAGACAGAGUAUUUGAAAAAUUCAAACGUUAUCUCCUCUUUAACAAGUGAGAAGGAAAACUUGCUCAGCUUGAAAGACUCGUUACAAUCUCAGGUCAGGGAUUUGCAGGCAAAGUAUGAAAAGCAAAGCGUCAGAGUAUUCGAUUUGGAGUCAAAGCUCGAACUUCAAAAGGUGAAAUUUUCAAGAGAUGCAGCUACCAAGGAUGAAACGAUCGAGCUCCUUAAUCUUCAAAUGAGCGAACGUGAUGAUAGAAUAUCCCAGUUGGAAACUUAUGCGGAAGACUUGAAGAGCUCUAUGUCUGAAUCUAUCAACAAUUUGCAAAAUGAACUUUCAGAAAAGGAUGAAAAACUUAUUGCGGUUGAGGAGAAGUUGAGGCGCACUGAAGAUGCCUUAGAUUCUGAAUUGCAUAAAGAAACUGAACUUCCAAAGCCAGCGCAAUCAGCUGAAUUAAUCAUGCAGACAAACCCCCUGGGAAUUUCAUUAUCUGCCCUCUAUACCGAGUUCAAUCAUCUUAAGAAGGAACUUGUUUUAGAGAAAUCACAAAAGGAGAAACUUGCAUCCCAAUUACAACAUUUCAUUGCGGAACUAGAAUUGAAGAAGCCUGCCAUUGCUAACUACAAGAAUCAAAUACAAUUCUAUGAGCAGUCUAUGUCAGACUUGUUAGGCAAAAUGGAAAGUGUUAGAGUUGAUAAAGUGGAGAGUGAAAAGGAGAUCAACAGAUUGAGGAUACGGUUAACGACUUACGAGACGGAAUUACAAAGUUUAAAGCAAUUGUCGAAAGACCUUGGAAGGCAACUUUGCUUUUAUUUGAUCCACUCAAAGAUAAGAGAAGGAAAUGAGGAUCCAUUGACAUCUAGCGAAAAGAAAAUUAUCGACCAAAUCUUGUCCAAAAGUGGCAAUAAAGAUUCUAGUCCCGAGACUGAUACAGAUAAUUUGAUAACGGAAAGAUUGCUCGGAUUUGCUAGUAUCGUCGAAUUACAGAAGAAGAACGAAGAGUUGCUCAUGGCAGUUAGACUGUUUGGUAAACAAUUAGAAGAGAAGGAACAUGAGUCUAAUGGCCUUGAAUCUGCAGCUGUUGAAGAAGCACGGGAAGCAAUUUUGACUUUGCAAGGAGAAUUAGAGAGUGUGUCUAUUAAGUUGGAUGCAACAACUAAAGAAAGAGACCUCUUGAAAGGUAUAGGUCAAAGAGUUUCUGGUUCUGUACCAGGAAGUAUUGAGGUCAAACUUCUUGCUGAUGCAAAUGAAGAUUUGAAGAAGAGAGUUGCCUCUAGCGAAGCAUCUUUGAAGGAACUUCAAAAGCAAUCGAGCGAGAAAAUCAGAUCCUUGAGUGACAAGUUGAGCGAAUCCAACAAUAGCCGCGAGGAAUUGCAGUUGAAGCUCGCUUCGUUCAAACACUCUGUUGAAUUGGCUGAAGGUAGACUUGAGAAUACCAAGAAGCUUUUGAGCAAUUCAAAUGCAGAAGUGGAGCAUUUCAAAAAGGAAUCCACUUUCUGGAAGGAGCAGGCUUCAAAACAAGAAGAUCUACUCGUAAAGAAAAACAACGAGUUACGGGAUGUCGAGAAGAAAUUAAUACUUGCAAACGCUUCUUCGAAGAAAUUUAGUGGUUGA